UGUGUCUUGAGUUCAGAGGAGUGACCACAUCAUUAAAAGAAGAGAGAAGUUCCUGGUUUGACACUGAAGAAGGACGAAGAGUCAGCCUCAAUAUGAAAGUCUGUCACACUCUGAUUUACUUCAUAUUCCUCAUGCUGGAGGAUGGAAACUCCUGUUUUAUCAGUGAUGAAAUCCCCAUCUACACACAAGAAGAAGGAAGAAGCAUCACGGUUGAAUGUUCAGUUUUUAUCCUUGAAGGAAGGAAGUUGUUCUGUAAGGACAGAUGUGAAGAUGGAACCAUUCUCGUUGAAACAACGGAUGACACGGCUCACAGAGGCAGAUACAGCAUUGAAUUUAAGAAACAAUCUGCAUCCACUUACGCUGCUCCAUCUGUGAGCAUCACACAGCUGAAGAAGUCUGACUCCGGACGCUACAGGUGUCUUGUGACACCAUCCUCAGUUUCAGUUCCAUAUGACGAUUUUGAAAUCGUUGUCAACGAAGCUUCAGCGACCUCACCACCAACGUCAACUCCUGGACCUUCGGCAACAACAUUUGUACCAUCAUCCCCCCCUGCAGCAACAACCCCAACUUUAAGCUCCACGUCUUCAUCCUCCUCCUCUGAAAUCCCUGAGCUGCUAGCAGUCUCUCAACCAGGUACCCUCUUGGUUGUGGGUGUACGUACAGCUGUGGUGGUGGUGGUUUUACUGUUAUCCGUUGUUCUGCUGCUCGUCUACAAAAGGAAGACAGGGGGCUCUGUUUGUUUGAAGAAGAGAAGAAGCUCAGACCGCAACAGUACUAAGGUUGCUGUCUAUGAGAACUGUUCUCCUGUCUCUACAUGUGAGGACUCCACCUACCAGAGCCUGAAUCCAGCCAGCAGGGACCAGGACCAAACCUACUCUACACUCACAGAGACACAACAAAAAUGAUCCUGUCCACAUUUAGAGCUGGAUUUUUAUACUGUGCAGGUUAAUGUUGCAGCGUGCCAGUAUUGUUUUGGUUGCUAAAAAUAUCUUCAGCUUAAAUAAAUAAGAGGGAACACAAAGUUAUUUCCCUUAUUCCAAUUAUAGUCUAGUAACUCCGGAGUCCACUCAAAGGCGCCACCUGCUGGUGAUACAGCAGUACUCACAAAUUGUUAAGUUGCACUUUGCUCAUAAAUCUGUCUGUUAUGUUGAUCUUCUGCAGCUCUGCAUGGAGCUCCACAGUGUCUCAUGAAGGAAGCUAAAUAGCACGUGCUCGACGAAAACUGCUUUAGAAAACAUGCUCAUAAAACAUACAAAAAAGAAAAAAAUACAUGUUGGCUCUGGAAAUGAAAUAUAUUAAUAAAUAUACAUAUAUACAUUAUAUUGGAAGUGCUCUGCUUUAAGUCAGUGGGAAUUUUCUUUUUAUUCCAGGUUGCCAUGUGCGCGUAUACAGUCCUGCUCACCAUUAUUGGCACCCAUGAAGUUAUAUACAUAAUGUGGAAUAUCAUCUGGAAAAAAAAAUGAAUCAUGUGAAACAUUUCAAACAAUAAACCAAGAGAAUGGA